CACCAAUGCUUGCCGAACCCCGAUUCCCAGACUUGCACGCGAACUUGAUAGUAAUCCUCAACGUCGAGCGUGCCAUUGUGUGAACCCGUUCGUCCCCCAAAUCGACAACAUGGAUGAGCUACCGAUCGAACUCAAUGUCAUUACUCUGAAUUGCUGGGGGCGUAAACACACUAGCUCUUAUCGAGAAGAUCGUAUGGGAGCCAUAGGACGAUACUUGGCAACGACUGAUCCCGUGCCACACAUUGUCGCCUUACAAGAGUGUUUUGAGUACGCCGACUACUUGAACAUCAGACAAGAAACACGUUUUGCCCUACCUUUCGGCAAAUUCUAUCAUAGCGGCGCCUUUAGCUGUGGCCUAGCUAUACUAUCACGAUGGCCUAUCGAAGAAAGCAAUAUGGUUCCAUUCUCGUUCUGUGGACGCCCGUCCGGGUUGUUCAGAGGUGACUUGCUCGUGGGAUCACAAGGCGUGGCGUGCGCACGUAUUCGCUAUGGGGAGGGUGAAGAGGAUGUCGUCGAAGUAUUCAAUACAAAUACGAAUUCUAGCUACGGCGAUCAUUCCCGGAAUGAUAGGUACAUCAUUCAUCGUCUGUCGCAAGCAUGGGAAAUAGCAAAGCUUGUGCGAAACGCCGCUGAGCGUGGCCAUCUCGCUGUCGUGCUUGCAGACCUCAAUGCCACACCCUUCUCGCUCCCAUACCGCUUAUUAACAUCGCAUGCUGCCAUCCGGGAUGCCUGGCGCGUAUUGCAUCCUGACAGCUCACUAGGCCCGGUAUCAAAUGAGCUAGAGCGCGCCCGCGGUAGUCCUGUCCCCACGGCCGCCUUCAACAUAACCGAAAAUGGCGUAACGAGAAACAGUGCGUACAACACGUGGGCAUGGCCGAGCUCCGAGCAGAGGGCUUUGCGCUCAGGCAAACGGCCAAUGCUAGUUUCACCCGACAGGCCUGAUGAGGACGGACAGCGUCGCACAUAACACAUACACAGACGACGGCACUGGAAUGGCGUCUUCACCACCUGGCUGGGUCGUCAAAGAUGUUGGAGUAGGUCUCAUGGCACGCCAUCCAGAUCUGGGGUGUAGUCUCAGCGAUCAUUUCUCAGUCGAAGCAACACUCAUUCU